AUGGCAGAGUCGGUGACUACCGAAGUAGUCGCGCGACCCCAAAUUUACAUACCGAACGAAUACCUAAACCGGAAAAUGCGACUUAGGGGACAGGAGCGAGACGAGGCGAGCAGGGGUCGCGUGUGUUUUCCGACGGCUCCGCUGCAACGCUUCAAUCGACUGACCAGCGGUCAGCGCGUUGACAGUGACCGUAACCGUGUUUGCCAAGGUCAAAUUGCUCGACCUGAAGCUGGAGUGUUCGACAGCGACGAACGAAAUGACGUAGACUUCAUGUGUAAUUCCAUAAUCACGUUCCAACACCAAUGUUUUCUUCACGGCCUGCACUUCGAAUGA